AUGAGAGCAUUAGAUUUUCUUGUUCCCUUAAUGUUGCUAGCCUUGCUUAGCCUCAACUGCUGCUUGGUACGCUCUCAAUCCGUUCCGAGCCAUUCCCUAUACGAUAAUCCAGGAAAGAGCGUGAAGAAUACUCUGGAGAAAGGGGCUAUUGAUUACUUCCUUGUAAAUGUCUCAUCGUGGAAUAUCGGAAUGAGCGAUUUCUUGGUGUUUGGUUUAAAUUCCCUUUCAGGAGAUGUUGAUUUGUGGGUCUCCACGACUCAAUUCCCAACCUCCUCCGAUUGUAAUGGCUGCAUUCAUACUGACAUUGCAGGGUACAGUGAUUCAAGGCUCAUCAACCGAAAUGAUGAGACAAAUUGGCCCGCUUCCAAUGUGUUCUAUAUUGCUGUGGUAGCUUCAUUCAGAAAGAGUGCUUACAGUCUUGCUUCAUGGUCUUCAAAUGUUCAAGUGGCGCUUGAAUCCAAUGUGGCUCUUUUGGGUCAAUCUCCUAAGGGAAGAGACAAUUACUUUGUUUAUGAGAUUCCUCAAGGCGCUAGUCACAUUACCAUCACAGUUACCUCUCAAACCUCCAGCUCAGAUCCUGAUUUGUAUAUUUCAGGCUCCAUCCCAAAGCCUAACGCCACUCACAACGACUGGACAUGUGCUGAUUAUGGCUUUGACUCUGUUCUGGUUCAUGUUGAGCCUGGUCUCACUCACAUUUACAUUAAUGUCAAUGCAUUCACAGACUCUAUUUAUACUGUUUUGGUUCGUCUGAAUGAUGACGCUGUACAACUCUCGGAAGGAAUGCUUCUUGAUGACUUGCUCGAUGAGGGCCAAAUGGACAUCUUUUAUUUUGAAAAUUUACAUACUCAGAAUAUUGUUGUGGAGAGUUUGGAAGUGAACUCAGAAGGUGAGUCCAAACUCUAUGUUCGUUAUGGACAGCCUCCAACCAGUGUAGAGUUCGAUCAAGUAGUUUCUCUUGAAGGAAAUGAUUAUUUGAUAAUUAAGAAUGCAAGUGUGGGAACAUACUAUUUUGGUCUCUACGGAUUGGUCAAUGGGACAGGUUACAAAAUAUGGUGCUACACCGAAGAUCCAAAUCAAAUUGUUGUCAGUGAAAAUAACGCUCUUGGUGGAGUUUUAUCUUCGAGUAGUAACUUUGUUUUCAAGUUUGAGAGCAGAGAUUUUACACAGGGAAUAGUGGCCAAAGUUGAGGCUAUCGAGAAACCCAUUCAGAUGUAUUAUGCUCAACAUUCGAGACCAACAAAUUUCAAAUAUGUGAAAACGACUACUGCUACUGUUGGAAAUUCAGCCAUGCUUUACUUGGCUCCACCUUCACCAACACCGUAUUUGUAUUUCUCAUUGUUUGGUGAGGGCAAGUUCACUUUUGAAAUCACCACCAACCACACCACCAAGGAACUAUUCGAUGGAAUUGAGAUGGAUAUGGAAUGGGUUCCAAGAGGUUAUUACAGAUACUACAUGUUUAAGGCAGAAAAAUUCCCAGAUCAGGCAAUCACUAUCACUGCCAAUCCAUACAGAUACAAUGACGUGGAUAUUUAUGUCUCAACCAGUGAGCCUCAUCCUAGCGAGUCAAAUCAUCAAUGGAAAGGUGAAGAGAGAGGUGUUGACACCAUCUACAUUCCAGCUAAAGCAAGCGAAGCUAAAGGCAAUGUGUUUUACAUUUCUGUUUUUGCCUAUGACACUGACUGUUAUUUUAGCCUUGUGGCUUCGUAUGCUGGAGAGUCACGUAUUUUGAAGCUUGAUGAAGCAAUCUCGUCGACCGUUUCUGAAGAGUCAUACUCUUAUUUCACGCUUGAGGUUGCCCUACCUGGAAAAGUCCUCAUCAAUUUGCAAUUACAAAAUAGUGGAGAUCAAGCUGAUUUAUAUUACAGUACCACCGUGGCCACUCCCAACAAGUACAACUAUGAAGGGAAGGGUAGCAAUUUGGGUGGCUCAGUAUUGACCAUUGACGACGUCCAGCCAGGAAAGGUAUACGUGAGCGUGCAUGGAGCCUUGUCAACCAGCCUCAACAAAUUGAUUCCCUUCAAAAUCAUUGCAUCAAAUUCCUACCUGUACACCUAUCCAAAUGGAGAUGCCAUUCCCAUGGUAUCUAAAAAGGGUACCAUUAACAUUUUCAAGGCCUCCAUCACCAAUAGUCUGAGAAUUUUGAUUGCAUCUGUCUCUCUGGUGAAAGGUAAGACAGCCAUGUAUGUCACUAAUAACGGCUGGACAGGCAAUUCCACCUAUUACACAUGGAAAGAUUCCAAUGCAGUUGGUAAUAGUAUUGUCAUAAAGAAUAGCGAUCCAAAAUUCGCUCUGGGAACUUGGACCAUUGCAGUCGAGAGCCUUGAAGAUUCAGAGUAUCACUUUAGUAUGGCCUCAAAUAUUGGAGCCAAUGUUUUAGAGGAUGUUCAUACUAUUGGAAGAACUCCAUCUGAUGGCAACAUGGACAGUUUGAUUUAUAACUUUUGGCUGCCAUUCAAAUCGGAACAAAGUAAGACUGACAUUGUCAUUCACAUUAAGGAGCUCGAAGGAAAAGUCAACAUUUAUGCUAACCAAGACAUGCAACAUGAUCCCUCUCCAACAAGCUUCAAGUGGAAAUCUGAAACGAAUGGAGAUCAAAAAAGAAGCAUUGUCAUCAAAAAGGAAGAAUUGAACAUUCAGAAUGCAAUUUAUGUGUUAGUUCAAGGCGAAGUUGGAAAGAGCUCAUUGUACUCGAUUGCCUUUUCAAAGCACACAAGCUCUCAAGAUAGUGAUAACACUGCAGGUAUUGUUGUUGGAGUGGUUCUUGGAGUUGUCAUGCUGGCCCUUGUGGUUGUGCUAGCUGUUGGGCUAGUAGUGUACUUUAGAAAGAGGAAGCAAGCAUCGACUUACAACAAGUUCGAUCAAGAGAGUCAGCAAGCUCCUGAAGGCAGCAGUUCUGUCUAUUACAAGGUGGAGAACACUCAAAACUAG